UCACUCUCUCCUCUCACUCAGCCUGCGCAUGUCUGCUUCGUUCACCGCGCACCUCCGUAUCCCGGUUUUCGCCGCAGUCCUUCAAAUUGGGUUCUUAUCCCCAGCUUCCGCGGACCACUCUACCGCCCAGAAUGCUCGUCGUUCGCGCUGCUAGAACCGAGUCCAGAGGAGUCUCUCUUGGCUUCAGACCUCCCAGUUUUGAGAUUCCAGAGCCACUUACUGGGAAAGUUUGGAAAUUGGAGGACUUUGAAUCCCAUCCUGCUUUACUGGUUAUGUUUAUCUGCAACCACUGCCCGUUUGUUAUACACCUCAAAAAAGCUAUUGUCAAACUUGCGAAUUUUUAUAUGAAGAAAGGACUUGCAGUUGUUGCGAUAUCUUCAAAUUCUGUAACAACUCACCCACAGGAUGGGCCCGAGUUCAUGUCAGAAGAGGCUAGACUUUUCAAGUAUCCUUUCCCAUAUCUAUAUGACGAGUCACAGGAUGUUGCCCGAGAAUUUGGAGCAGUUUGCACACCGGAAUUUUUCCUAUUUAAAAAGGAUGGACGCAGGCCAUUCGAAUUGGUGUACCAUGGCCAGUUUGAUGAUUCGAGACCUAGUAAUAAUGUGCCUGUAACCGGAAGGGACUUGAGUUUGGCAAUAGAUUGUGCUCUCAGUUGCCAACCAGUACCAUCAGCUCAGAAACCCAGCAUUGGAUGUAGCAUAAAGUGGCACCCUGAGAGAUAACAAGAUAAUAAUUAAUCUCUGAGUAAUAUCUUUAUUUCAGUGUUUCUUUGUAAUGGCCAACAGCCCUAAUGAUUCAGAUUGUAACCUGUAAAUUUUUGGUUUUCUUCUCAGUUCAUCCACGCCUGUUUCAUUUCUUUGGAUCCAUGAAGCCACAAAAUGCCAGGAAAAGUGUAAUAUUUUAUUUUUAUUGUUCUCAUUUCGGUUAGAAGCAGUAGUAAACAAAAAUUUUCUUUUGUAAAUUGUAAGAGUAAUCAAUAAAGUCAUCUCCGUCAGUGUAUGGGGAGUCUGGUGACC